AAGCACUGUCCAAAGUAAAUUUCAUAAAAUGAAAAAACACAUGGGAAAGAAAUUGACACAACUCCAGAAUGAUAUGCUGGAAGUGAAACAGAUUCUUAACGACAUUAAGAAUGCUGGCCAGCAACAAAGUAGGCCUGCGGUCUGCAAAUUAAAGUCGCUCAAGGAUGUAGCUCCGCUGUCUGAUGAAGAAGGCGACCCACUUGUGAUCCCUGAUGAUCAGGUACACAUUGGUGACAAAAAAUUGAUUAGCAAGAAAGCCAUUGCUACUGUAGAAAAGGGAUGGAGUGGUAUGCGGUCUAGGCUAGUGGAACUGGCCAAACUAUUUUGGCCAGAAGGCGAUCAUGUCAACUGGUCUCUGAAAAAAGGCCUUCGACGGAAUGUUGUCUCCACACAACAUGUGGAAAGUAUGAUUAAAAUAUUGGAUACAAUGCGGUGGUCAAAGACACCAAAUUUGUCUUUGAAAUAUGUGAAGCGGGAGCUGGGGAAAGCCUUGUCAGCAGGUGACGCUGGUGGAGCAGGUGACGAAGAGGCAGGCAGUAAUGAGGAGAACAAACCUAACACCAAGACACAAAAUGAAGACAAGGACAGAGAUCUAAAGAAGAAAGAUGACAAGAAGGCAAAUGACAAUAUUUUUUCAGAAGAGUGUGUUGGUUUGCACAGCAAAACAACUGAACUUCUGCAGAGUGUCACUGAAAUCUUGGCACUAAAAAACAAUGAUCAUGGUAAUACUGCUGGUAUUGAUGGUUUAAAUGAAAUAGAUGGUGAACAUGUGGAAGACGAAGAAGAUGACAGUGAAGAAGAUGACAGUGAAGAAGAUGAAGAUGAAGAUGAUGAAGAGGGAGAUAGUGAGGAUAGUAGUGAUAAUGAUGACGGUGAAGAAAGAGGAGAUGAUAAGAAAGUAGGUGCUGAUACAGACAACUAAGCAGCAUAAGAUUUGUCAAAAUCAUAAAAUCAUUGAAUUUUUUUUUAAAUGUCAGUUUCUAUGGUAAUUAAUAUCAUGUGAGGACACUUGUAAUUGAGAUUGUGAUUAAGAUCAUAAAAUCAUUGUGGUUUUUCUUUAAAUGUCAGUUUCUAGGAUAAUUAAUAUCAUGUGAGGAUACUUGUGAUUGAAAUUGUGAUUAUAAUUGUAAACUUUAUGUCAGUUUUCACUUUCAUACGUUCUAAGAAUUAUUUUUUAUUUCACCAGUUAAUUUUUAUUAAAUUUU